GAAAAACAAGACAAAGAAAACAAAAAGAAAGAAAAGGUAAGUAUCUAUUAACUGAAAUUUAUUUUUGUUGUAUGUGCCUUAGUUAUUUAGAUUCACAACUUUAAACAAAACGGACAGCAUGGUCUUUAAAAAAUCAUAUUUAGAAACUGCUUUUUUGUUGUGUAAAAUAAUAUUGUUAUUCAUUUUUUUCUAACCCGGUUAGACUUAUAUGUCCAGACUAGGUUUGAUGAAGAAUAGAAUCAAGAAAUACAAAGAAGAGGAGAAAGAGCAGAAACGGCAACAUAAAAUACUGAAGGAACUCCAUGCUAGGUUUAAUCUCACUGGCACAGAAACUGUCAUUAACUCUGGUACUGUUAUGGCUGCACAAAAGGGAGACAAAAAGAAUCUGGCUCUUGCUGAAAAUGAUAAGGUGUUUAUUAUUCGCAUGGAAAACAACCCUGCAGGAAAGUGGCUGGCAAAGGAUAUUCACGGAAAAGUGGGAUAUGUGGAUUCUGGCAGUAUUGACAUAGAUACAGAGUCUAUCAGAAAUACCAUGCAGAUGAAUGUGGAUAGUGCUUACAAUCUAAGUAUUGCCAGCAGUACUACCAGUGCCACAGAAAGUUCAGGUGGAUCUGCUGGUGAGGAAUACCAGAAUGUGGAAACAGCAGAGCUGGAACAAGAAGAUUUUUAUGAAGAUACUGGAUAAUUGGACUGAAAACAUAAAAUGUGUGAGAACUUGAUAGCACUGUUGUGCUAUUUCAAAGCUUAAGUUUUCAAUUUGUAGACGAACUUUUUAAAGAUUGAAUAUAUGGUGCUAAGUAUUUCUUUCUUUUUAGAAAGAAAAAUGUGAUGCAGUAUUUUUAGGCUAGUCUGUGGAAUUUAUAAAGAUUUGUUAAGUUUAGAAAAAGGCUUUUUCACGUCAAGGGUUAUACUGAACUGUACCAGUCCACUUUGAGAGAUAGACAACUUCAUAGAUCGCAUUCACAACGAGUUGAGCCAUGGCUUUACAAA